CUAUAGGAACCGGCUUGUGUGUCCACAGCCUUGGGAACUGACCAAGUCACUCUUUCCAAGCAAGAGCUGCUGAUAUGGGGGCCCUUCUCUGGUCACUCCUUCUGCUCCUUCAGGAAGCUAAAGGGUUUUCUGGAGAUGAUGAAGACCCUGAGGAAGUGGUUGCAGCUCUUCAAGAAUCUAUCAGCCUCUCUCUGGAAAUACCAUCCGAUGAAGAGGUUAAGGACAUCAUCUGGUUCUUUCAAAAAAACCUAGUCACAGUGGUGCCAAGGAAAGAGGGAAAAUCAACUGUCAUGCUUACGAUGGAUCCUCGAUACCGGGGUCGAGUGGGCAUCUCAGAGUCCAGCUACUCUCUGUCUAUCAGCAAUCUGACCUGGGAGGACUCGGGACUUUACCAAGCCAAAGUCAGCUUGAAUACAUCCCAGCUCUUUAUUACGAAGUCUUACGAUCUCCGUGUCUACCGGAGGCUGUCAAAGCCCCACAUCACUGUGAGCCUUAAGAUCUCCGAGGAAGGUGCCUGUAACAUAUCUCUGAUGUGCUCCAUAGAGAGAGCAGGCAUGGAUGUGACCUACACCUGGCUUUCAUCACAGGACAGCACUAACGUGUCUCAUGAAGACUCUGUCAUCAGUACAUCCUGGAGGCCUGGUGACAGAGCCCUUUCCUAUACUUGUAGGGCCAGCAACCCCGUCAGCAACAGCAGUUCCCGUCUCAUUUCUGUUGGGUCCUUCUGUGCAGAUCUUGGCUCUCCUGAGAAGCCUUCAAUGUCCUGCCUCCUGGCUAAGGGCUUGAUCCUUCUUUUCCUCUUGGUAAUUCUAGCUGUGGUCCUCUGUGUCUUCCAAACCCGGAAAAACCGUGAGCUGUCAAGGGUGAGGAAACUCAAGAGAAACCGAAUCCAACUGAGGAAGAAGGGGAGCCCUGGCCCUAGUCCAGUCUGAUCGCCCCUUGGGAACCUCUGUCAUGAGCUUUGUUUCCUCUUAGCCUCCAGGGAAAUCAUCUAGGGGACAGGUGGGAGGGAGGGUCAGGGUUGGACACCCGAGAGACACCAUAUGGCAAUAAAGUCAAGUCCUCACCUCUCUGGAA